CACCCAAAUUUCUGGCGCGCAAUUUCCUUUCAUUCUUCUUUUUCAACCGCCAAAAAACAACCGGUAUGUGUCCGACGGGAACCUCCCUCUCUCCGGCUACGAAAGCGGCCGAUUUACGAUCCGCAUUUGAGAUCUUAGACGUGGACCAUGACGGAAAAAUCAGCCACGAGGAUCUGAAGACAUUUUACACAGACGCAAGCGAUGACGUAAUCGGCACGAUGAUGACGGUGGCCGAUUCGAACAAGAACGGUUACGUAGAAUACGAGGAGUUCGAGAAGGUUGUGAAGGAGAAUAAUAGGGAGGGCGGUGUGAUGGAGGAUGUGUUUAAUGAUAUGGAUAGAGACGGUGACGGAAAGGUAGGGCAUGAAGACCUGAGGAGUUAUCUUAGCUCGGCUGGAAUCCAAGUCAACGACGAUGAUAUCAAGGCAAUGGUUCGUUUAGGCAGCGGAGGAGGAGGAGAUACUGAUGAUGGUGUCACGUUUGAAGGAUUUCUCAGAAUAUUAUUAUUGGCUGCAGUUUGAAUGCCUCUUCUCUACUUAUUGUUUUGAUUUUGUAUCCCCUAAAUUUGGGAUGAGGUUUUGCAAAAUAUUUUUUUGAUUGUGAUGUAGAAUUCAGGUCAGGUCAGCUCCCAUUUUGUUUUUGUGAUUCGGAAAUUAAUAUAAAUAAAUGAUUUGCUUUCGUUUUCUUC